AUGCCGAGAGCUUUUCAGAGGUACCGAAGAAGUUUUGAUAGAUUUUACGGAGAUUCGAGUCCAGAACAUAAUGUGAGCAUAGCCAACGACACCCAAGCCAGAUCUCCUGAAGCAUCUCGUAACCAAACCAAAACUAAAUACCAAAAAAAUGCAAUUCCUACAAAUUCUCAAAAUCCCAUGGACCAAUUUUAUAAUCUAACAAAAUUGGCCGAAGUGGCUGAACGGUUGUCUCAGAGUCAAAACACAGAAAUCGACUCUAAUAAUAGAAAUUUUGGAGAAAUAAGUGAUACCAUAAACAUUAGAAAUUUAUCUACCACAAGAAAUCCAGUACGAUGUAAUUUGCAAUUUGUUGAUCAUGUAUCCAAUAAUAAAAAUCCAAAUCCUGGUGCAUCACAAUUAGAUGCACCCAUUAGGAAUGCAAGUGAUGUAGUGAUAAAUGGAGAAAAAAAUGAUAUACAGGAUAAAUUUACUAAGAUUUUUUGUGAUAAACGUUUUGAAGAAACUAGAUUGACCGAUUGUAUAAGGAAUCCAGAAAAAGAAUGCCUGAACACAAGUUUUGGAACGAGCAAUACAACUGUUAUUAAAUAUAGAUGGAAAAAACAACAGCAGUCACCAAUCCCCGAAUCAUCAGAAGACGACACGUCCAAUGCAAGCACCAGUACAGGCAGUAGUUAUGCUUACGAGCAUAAAAUUUUCGACAAAAUUCCCAGGAAAAAUAAAAGCAUUUGCGAGUCUGUGGGUUCAAAAUCAGAUUUGGCGAGCGAGACCGAAAAAGACGAUUUUUCUGAUAGGGAUGAAGCUAGGAAACUAGACCAGAAUCACCAGGAAGACGCUUAUGCUUGCACUGAUUGUGGAAAAAGGUAUAGUACGUCUUCCAACCUCGCCCGUCAUCGGCAAACCCACAGGUCCGCCUCCGACGCCAAAGCCCGGCGGUGCCCCCAUUGUGACAAAGUUUACGUGUCCGUCCCUGCCUAUUCGAUGCACGUAAGGACGCACGCCAGAGGAUGCGCCUGCACCUUCUGCGGAAAAAGGUUCAGCAGACCUUGGCUGCUGCAGGGACACAUCAGGACUCAUACCGGUGAAAAGCCCUUCAAAUGCUCAGUCUGUUCCAAAGCCUUCGCCGACAAAUCCAACCUAAGGGCACACAUCCAAACGCACUCCAAUACCAAACCUCAUGUCUGCAUCAGAUGUGGAAAGGCAUUUGCUCUAAAAUCAUAUUUGUAUAAACACGAAGAAUCGUCAUGUGUCAGACAGACAUCCAAAAAUGAAAACAAAAACCAGGAACAGAACAGAUAUCAAUCGGUCGUGGCAAAAAGCCCAACUUACAUAAAUGAAAUAAAUGAGCCAAAUGAAAACCAACAGGAAAAUUUUGUAAGAUCUAAUGAAACUAGUGAUUCUGGUGUGGGUCACCAAUUUGUGCCUGACCAGGAUAAAAAUUUCAUUGAAAUUGGUAAAUACAAGAGUACUACUGUUAGUCCAAAAAUGCUACCCAAAGUAGUUCCACGAGAAGACAAAAGAAGUCCAAGUAAAACCAAUUAUACAUUUGGAGCCCAAAACAAUCCAUACAAGGAAACCAGUAUAAAUUUUAACAAUACAACUGAAGACUUUUCAAAGCAGCAAACAUCAAGUCAAAAAAUAUUAAAUCCAUAUACCCAAAUUACUUCUGAUCUCGGCCAAGCUCCUGAUUACGAAGAAGUUUUAAACCGGCUUCAACAAAAUAAGAAAAACAACUGCAAUUUUCCAAAUGCUGUAUUUUCUUUCAACAAACGCCAAAAUUUGGAGUUUAAUUAUGAGGAAAAUGCAAUGAUUGAAAAUAGGUACCAGGAUGAAGAACCUAUGGAUUUUUCGACGUCUAAUCUGCAGGUGAAACAGUAUCGUGGGUAUAUGGAUAAAGCACAAAUUGCAGUUUAA